AUGUGCCCUCCAUGUAUGCCCACCUACUCACUUUUCAUCUACAAACCUCAUACUAUCCCUAGAGUUCCAAAGCUCGUCUAUCUCUCCUUGAACACUGUGACACUCUUCCACCACUGCCCCAAGUCCUCCUAUACUCUCGCACCCCUCAUAUCCAAACUAUCGCCAGUCACGCCUCACUCCCUCUGUGUCCCUGGUCCUCCGUACCUCGCUGACUCAUCAUAUCUCUACACGCAACCUAACUCUCAUCAAAUCUACCUCACUCCAAGGAGAGAAGUGUGUGUGUCCAUUGAGUCCCCUCACCCAUGUCGCCCCACAUUCCACAUCCCAAUCUAUCUACAAAUACACACCCCCUCCAUCAACCACAUCACCCUUGUCCUCACCCCCUCCAUCAACCACAUCACCCCUGUCCUCACCCCCUCCAUCAACCACAUCACCCCUGUCCUCACCCCCUCCAUCAACCACAUCACCCCUGUCCUCACCCCCUCCAUCAACCACAUCACCCCUGUCCUCACCCCCUCCAUCAACCACAUCACCCCUGUCCUCACCCCCUCCAUCAACCACAUCACCCCUGUCCUCACUCCCCCUCCAUCAACCACAUCACCCCUGUCCUCACCCCCUCCAUCAACCACAUCACCCCUGUCCUCACCCCCUCCAUCAACCACAUCACCCCUGUCCUCACUCCCCCUCCAUCAACCACAUCACCCCUGUCCUCACCCCCUCCAUCAACCACAUCACCCCUGUCCUCACCCCCUCCAUCAACCACAUCACCCCUGUCCUCACCCCCUCCAUCAACCCAUCACCCCUGUCCUCACUCCCCCUCCAUCAACCACAUCACCCCUUCCGAUGCUGAGGAUGUCCUUCAUAACCUUCUCCUCAGAGGCCUCCACCAUCAUGAAACUGACUGAAAACAGAGUGAACAUUCAAAAAGGCCUCAACUCUUUGCGACGGGAGAGACCAGGCGGAGACACCAACUUGAACAAGGGACUGAGAAACGCCAACGAGCAGAUCUACAGAGAAAACUUUGGCACGGCGAGUGUGAUCAUCGCUCUAACAGAUGGCGAAUUGCGGGACGAACAGCUUAUCACGGCUCAGGACGAGGCCAAGAGAGCCAGGUCUCUGGGAGCCAUCGUGUACUGUGUGGGGGUCAAAGACUUCAAUGAAACGCAGCUUCCCCUCUCCAGGGUGCCCCUCUGUAGCUGCCCCUCUGUAGAUGCCCCUCUGUUGAUGCCCCUCUGUAGCUGCCCCUCUCCAGGGUGCCCCUCUGUUUAUGCCCCUCUGUAG